UUUUUCUGGAGUAAAAAAGUAAACAAAGUACUUUUCCUAGCAAAAAGUGAAGGAUUUAUUCAUUUAUUCAUCAUUAAUUCGACAUUAAACGUUGAAUUUACAGUUCAUUACCAUGAAAUCCAAGUGAAUUAAUCAAACUGCAACCAAUCAGUCGGCAAACUUUGACGAAAAUGGACAUAUUCCAAAACCAUUGCUCGGAAAGUCUCGGAUUCGAUUCGAUGCUGGCAGCGAACCCUAUCAACUCACCGUUGCAAGGCACUGAACCGACUUCCCAUCUGAGUUUCAACUCUUCAUCUUUCUUCGGUACGAUUUCGGGCCCGUCGUGCUCCGUAGCAAAUGUCGUCACACUGCCCCCGAUUGGCAGCUGCUCUACGAGCGGAAGCGCUGGUACAACGAGUACCACAACCGGCCCCAACGAUGUGGUUCUGCCGAGCAUAUUCGUUAAAGUUCCCAUGCAGAUCAAUCAGCAGUACCAGUCCCAGCAGAACCAAUCCCGUAGCAAUGCGGAGGGAAUCAAGUGCGAGGACAAAUCGGAACCAAUCAAACGGGAGCUGGGAGAUUUGCGGGCGUUGGAAAAGGGAACAGCCAUGGUUCAGUUGCCCAGUAUCGCCGAGAGUUAUCUGGACGAAGAUCGUCAGGAGCACAUCGAGGAAGAGCUGAGAGUGCACUGCUGUGAAUUUUGUCCGCUGGUCACCCUGGUGGAGCAAACUUUGCGAGAUCACGUCCAUGAGAAGCAUCCCAAUCGGGAGCGAGCUGAAAUGGAGUUCUUCAAUUGCCCUGCGUGCGAGAACAAGUUCUGGCAGAGGCGUUCAUUGGAGGUGCAUCUAGAGGUGGAUCAUAUGAUGGUGCAGUCGGAGGCGAGAACGCUAUUGGAGGGCCGAUUUCCUCGAGCCCAAGAAUCGAAUGACUGUGGAAAUGCGGUCGAUGAAUCGAAUGCAGUUCCAGUGUCGGAGUCUAUACAAAUGGUGUCUCCAGAGAAAAAUCGUAGCAGGAUCUACAUAAAAAAUGUGCAGUUGCUCAAGAAACCCGAUGUCAUCGAGCAGGAAAAUGUCCAACAAGCGCAACAACAGCAGCAACAUCAACAACAAUCAACACAACAACAACCAUCACAGAAUGGAAAGAUUUUCAUUCGCAACGUUUCUUUGCUGCAGAACCUUAACUUUGCUCAGAAUGUAGAAAACGUAUUUCAAAAUCCUUCAGGGUUGCACGAGAGCAAGUAUAGCUUUGUAGUCCCUGCGCCGAGUCCUAACAGCCAAUCGCCUCCGAUAAGUGUCGCAGAGUCAAUGAACGGAGGAACUCCGCAGCGUAGCAAGAUCUUCAUACGCAACGUGGACAUCCUGCGAAAUCCAAUGCUCCCCAUAACGCCCCCAACGAUCAUUUCCACGUGUGACAUGAGCCGCACAAGCAGUAGUGAAAGUCUCUACACCACUCCACCGCCGCCAGUCGUUAGCCCUGCCACAUCUGUUUCUAGCAUAGGAACCCCUUCGUCGAUGGGAUUUUCUGGGCUCAAUAUGGUAAUCCUACCUACCCCAGUCUGUAGUAGCAAUUCCUCAACCCCUCCCACGAUUUGCACUCCGCCUUCGAUGACGGUUGCCAAUUUCGACCCUGGCCAGCAACAGCAGCCACCGAGGAAGAGUAAGAUCUUCAUCAAGAACAUCAGCGUACUCAAGCAGCCGACUAUUCAUCUGAAAUCCGUGGACGAGCUCAAUCUGAUGACCAUCGAUCAGGUGCAGUUGCAAAAUUUACUGCCUCCAACAACGAGUACUCAAAGCUUGAACAACGCAGAAAUGAAUGGCGACAGUGAACAGCAACCGAUGCAGGAGGACAAUUUUGUCAACAUUUUGGAGGAAGUUCCGUCCGAUUUGGAUGAUUUCCAGGACAAUGGUAGCCAGUAUCAGGAUAUGACGGGCUGUGAUUCGGCUUGCGGCAGUGUGACCGAACAGGAACCGUAUCAGCAGGAGUUUAACAACGAUUUCAUAAUCAUUGAACCGGAUAAAUCUACAGCAAAUAUUACGUACGAUGAUCAUCAAGAGCAUUUGAGGAUUCCAACUCAUGCUGACGAAAUGAUGGAUCAUCAGCAAAUGCCAUUACCCACAUCUGAAUCAUCGGAACCUCAACAAUAUCACCACACAGAUGAAUAUGAUGUGUUUGAUAUCAUCAAUCUUGAUCCUCCGGCACCCUCGGAACCAGAAUCCUCUGAACCACCAUCGAUCCAAUCAACACCUCCACAUGCAUCACAACUUCAACCAUCUUUGCAAGCGAAUCCAGGUCGCAUUUACGUUGCUGACAAUUUGAUGGAACCGGUUAUGUCCAACCUGCAGAGCUCAUCGCCAACGACAUCACAUCCAGUAGACGAAUCAACGAUCUCACCGUUAAAUCAAAUGGAGCAAAUAAAUAUCAGCAUUCCAGCAGGCCACACGGUUGAUAUGCAGGUACAACAAUCACCAUGCUCUUCAUCGAGGCCUCAAAAACCUUCCGAGAAGGAUCGAGAACGGACACAGAGGAGUAGAGGUCGCCCGAAAGGUGCCAAACAAACCGGUAUUACCAAACUAAAGAAACUUUACACCAAUCUGACUCCAAUGGAGGCAGGCUACAAGUGCGAUAUUGGAGAAUGUGGUGUUCGCUUCCGGCAACCAGAAACCCUAGCAUACCAUAAAAAGUGUCACGACUCGUCCAUUGAUGGCGCCAACGCGGAAGGCACCCGAUGUCCAGAGUGUGGUUCACAGGAGUUUCGCAGUUGGAAUACGUUGCACACACAUCUGUGGAGAGAGCACGCGAUUGAUAUGGAACUUUACGCCUGCCAGCAGUGCAACUUCAAAACCCCUGUUCUAGGCCGUUUGAACAACACUCAUAUGAAGAUACAUUCCGAUGAGAAGAACUUCAUCUGCGCUAUCUGCAACAAAGCGUUCAAAAAUAAUAAACAGCUGAGGAACCAUCGGAGAACUCAUCGGGAAAUACAGCAGAUUCAACAGAGUGCAUGGCUCCACUCAGAAUUCCCUGUAAAGUGUGUGAAAUGCGAUUUCAAAUUUGCGAAUCAAAAAUUCCUAAAGGCACACAUGGAAAGCCGACACGGAACGUCCGAAAUCGACGGUCGAAUGAAGUGCUCCCUCUGUGGAAUGCUCUUCAAAACUCGGUAUUUGUUGCAAUCGCAUAUGGCCAAACAUUCCGACGAGAAGAGGUUCAAAUGCUCGUACUGUGAUUUUUCAUGCAACGAUCACAAUUCCAUGCGACGGCACAAAAUGCGACACAACUCCGAAGGACACAUGUAUCGGUGUUCUUACUGUGACUACACAAGCAUCCAAAGCACAACCUAUCGAAGGCAUUUAGAGCGCAUGCAUGCCGAUGUUGCUCUCAAUUUGCUGUACAAAUGCUCUGAAUGCACGUUCGUUUCUAUAAGCGAAGUUAAGUAUCAACUUCAUCGAGCUAAACAUAAAUCGAGUAUCCAGACAAAAGCGGUCGUAAUGCAAAAAAAAGCAAUGACCGCCAGUGAAACGCCGGAGUCAUCUAAGCAAGAUAUUGAGAUAGGAGAAGAGCGCAAGUGCGAAAGUGUCAACUCCGAUGUGGUAAUUGUGGAAAAGGACUCGUCCGAAGCACCGAUGGAUGCCUUCUCGCUUAUUCCUUCGCCAACCAGCGAACAUCUGCAUGACCAACAGUUCCCGCUUAUACGGCCAGCCGGGUUUGCAAACAACCUCUCCAAGGUGGACAAUUUCUACGGAUAUGGGAAUGCAGUGUCCGGUGGUGAUCAGCAGCAGCAAUCGGAAGUACAAUUACAGCAACAGGAGGGCGUCGCACAGCUAGUUCCGACGACGGAUGGUAACGUGGACGUUCCGUCUUCCACUUGUGGCGUGACGGUCGGUUCAUCCGCAAGUGGACACCAGCAGCAUGGAUACGAUUCGAUGAUGAACAGUAUAGCUUCGAUGGUGCCGCUAACUUUCGGGGAAAGUGCCCUUGGAAGUUGAAGAGAUGAACGUUUCCAGGAUUAACUUGCGUGUAGUAGAUUCUUUUCUAAAUGUGAUAUUAGGUUUAAGAUUUAAUUUAUAUGUAGCUCGCAAAAUUACGCAACUAAACUAAUAAAUUCGAUAUUAACUUAAA